AUGGACAGAAAGCGAAAACUCAUCAACCACCACCGUGAUGAAGACGACCACGACCUCGAAGACGACGACGACGACGACUUCCUCAACCUCUCCCUAACCCUCGCCCUCCAUCCCACCCGCCGCCGCCGCCUCCCCUCUCCGCUGCCGCGCCAUCCUCCGCUCUCCCCUGUCCACCCACCGCCGCAGCAGCCCCACUUGCCCCUCCAGCUCGCCCACACCCACCCUCUCUUCCCAACGUCGUUUCCCUCCCCUCCGCCGCACACUCCGGCAGCCGCGACGCCCCCACAAGAGCCCGCCCCCGCCCCCGCCCCAAUAGAAACUGCAACUGCAGCAACUGCUGGGGCAUCCUCUCGGGGGACGCGUAUGCGGCGGCCCCGAGCCUACUCCGCCCGAGAACUGCGAAAGAGGGGCCCGGUCCCGCCGCCGUACCCGUGGGCCACGGCGCAUCGGGCGCGGGUGCACAGCCUCAGCUACCUGCUGGCGAAGCCAAUUGCGAGGGUGAGCGGCGAGGUGCAGUGCAAGCGGUGCGAGAGGGUGUACGAGAUAGAGUUCGACUUGAAAGAGAAGUUCAUGGAGGUAGGGUCAUUCAUCGCGAAGAACAAGGCCAACAUGCACGACCGGGCGCCGCCGGUCUGGAUGAGCCCGGUUCUGCCGAACUGCCGGUUCUGCGAGCAGGAGAACAGCGUGAAGCCGGUGAUAGCGGAGAGAAAGAAGGACAUCAAUUGGCUGUUUUUGCUUUUGGGGCAGAUGCUGGGGUGUUGCACUUUGGAGCAGCUGAAGUAUUUCUGCAAGCACACGGACCACCACCGGACCGGCGCCAAGGACCGGGUUCUUUACCUCACCUACCUUGCCCUCUGCAAGCAGCUUGAUCCAACCGGCCCUUUUGAUCGAUGA